AUGACGGACCGACUGACCGACUUCUACUUCGAUACUAAAAGCAAAAACAUGACAGAGCCACUCGGUUCAGGUGCUGGAUCUUCAACAGCGCGUACUUCUGGUGUGGACGUGGCACAACUUGCAUUUUCUACUGUUGAUGAGCAACCGGAAGUUGCUGGCUCAUGGGACUAUAAUGCCUUUCUAGACGACAUCUAUGGAUCUAAUCCGACGUAUGGUCUUCCAACGCUAGAGCCUUCGCCAGAAGACCAAUGUCAGCCAGAAUACGAUCUUCCAAAGCUCGAGCCAUCACCAGUCGCUCAACUUCAGACAGAAUACAAUCCGUUGUAUGGUAUUUCAAUGCCCGAAACAUCUCCAGAAGCCCAAAGUGACGACGCAGUAUCAACACAUCGGGAUAUCAGCCGUAGUACGCCUCUAACUCUUUCUUCAGAUUUCACGAAAAAUACCAAUAAGACACUGGAAAAUGUCAGCUUAUUGUAUCCUCAUGACGUUUAUAACGAUCAAAGUUAUCAGCAUUAUGCGCCUUCAGGUGACAUUUGGAUGGUUCAAAUCCUGUUGCCGAAUGUGACCCAAGGUCAGCCAGAACAUGAUCCAGUACAGGUCACCCUACCACCCUACCUAGGAACUCCAUGUCAGGAACGGUAUGACGCAAUGAAGAAACAAAGGACACCGGAAUCAUCACAAGGAACUCAACCAGAAUCAAAUCCGGUGCAAAUUGUUGCAACGUCAAAAUCGCCGCCUAAAACCGCAGAACAACCGACACUGACACAAAGAGGUAGCAAAAAAUUGGCUCGAAAACGCAAAUUUUCUCGAGUUUUCUCUGAUACCGGUAUCGUCUGUACACUAUGCAAACAAUAUUUCGCCAGUUCGGGAGGGCUAAAGCAGCAUAACCAGACCAAUCAUUCCGGACCACGACAGCACCGGUGCGAGCAGUGCGGCAAACGGUAUCAAUCCCCGACAAAGCUGGAAACGCACAAAAAACGCCACACUGCCGCGGAGAAAGCUAUCGGUUGUUCGGAAUGUCCAAAACGGUUCAACCAUAAGUGGGAUCUGAAACGCCAUUAUGACCGGAAGCACGGCGUUCUGAACGCGCGGUACAAAUGUUCAAAAUGCGGCAAGGGAUUUAAUCGACGCGAUCAAGGUCUGCAGCAUGCAAUCGGAUGUUUUACUCGUCAUUCGAGAACAAGGCGGGAACCUAAAGCCUAA